AUAAGACUUUGAUUAUAUAUGUACACGCAAUAAAUGUGAACAAAUUGGGUCAUAAAAGACACGCGCUUAUGGAAUUACAAUCGGCAGUUAAGGCUCAUUUACCACCAAUGGUGGAAUGAUGUAAGUAAGAGCUGAAAGAUCUGAAAACGACCUUCACUUUGACUUGCAAUACCACGUUUAGUCGAGCAGAGGCGCUUUAAUUCCCCGAAUAGAUACAUAAAGUAGCACUAGCUGCUGCCGACGUUAGCCGAGCAGGAGUCCUUUUUCACUCGGCUUCACCUGUGGAGGUCAGCCGAGCGAUCGAUCGAUCGGAACUCUUCUAUUACCCUGCCAGCCCGCCUGGCGUCGGAAAAGAAGAAGAAAUCGCAUGCACAGUUCCAGCAGCCGCACGAGCACCAGCCACCGGUGUCAUGGCUAGAGCGGCGCAAUGACGCAAUGCUCCCAGCUUUCGGCCAAGGCCGCUGCCCUGCGUGUCAUCCACCUGCCGCUGGCUGUGUGUGGCUCCGUGAGCCAGGUGCAGGUGAGCACGGGCACCAAGAAGCUGGUUGCCGCGGCAGCCUUCGGCGCUGUCUCGCUGCUCUUCCUGGCCCGCCGCUUCCAAAGGAGACGAGGGCGCAAGAAGGCCGCUUCGCCGCAAUGGGAUCAAGCCGGCGGCGUCCAGUUGUUCAUCUCAGCGCCAGAGGAUGACAAGAGCAAUGGUCAGAAGACGACGGUCAACCACAAGUUGGCUUUCUCGCUCGCAGCCCCCAGGGAGCGUUCCGAGAGUCUAGCGUCCAGCGCGGACACAUCCAGCAGCGGCACCUGCGCCUUGGGGUCCAGCUGCUGGGAUAGACGAGGCCACGCCGACAUCUGCGGUGUGGCGCCCACUCCCGAGAGCCUCUACCUCAUGGGUAUGGAUUUGUUUGAAGAGGCGCUACGGCGGUGGGAAGAAGCGUUGACGUUCAGGGGCAAGGAGGCGGAUGACGACCUGAUCUCGGUCAAGACUGGAGCUGCGGACGCCGUCACCGAGGACAACGCGGAAGAUGUUCUGGGUGCAGAGUUUAUCCACAGGCUGAAGUCGCUGCUGCGGAAGGCUUACCGACUGCAGGGCGAGUUGGAGGGUGUGCUGGAGGGCACGUCAGAGCCUUGGUCCAACGCCAGCAGCCGCGGCGACAUUUUGUCUCGAGAGGAGCGGGAAGACGCCUGUCCGAGAGACAGCAUGAGCAUCGCCUCCACCGACUCUUUUGUGUCCGCAGUUGAGUUGUCAGAGCGCAGAGAGCUGAGGAGCAUCUACACGCUGACUCAUCAUCCCUUCUACGAGGAGGCCUUACAGAUGGCGGAGGAGGGCAAGAUCUCCUGCAGGGUGCUACGGACGGAGCUGUUGGAGUGCCUCGGCGACGUGGAUUUCCUCGCCAAGUUGCACUGCGUGCGGCAGGCGUGUCAGCUCAUCCUGCGUGAAAGAACCACUCGGUUGUUUCUGGCUGAUGCCGGGAGGAAGAUUUUGUCAUCCAUCAUCGUCAAAGCGCAGAAGAGCCCAAAGAGGUUUGAGGAAGUUUUUGAGGAGAUGAUGUGCUUCUUGGAGCAAGCGGAGCACUGGGAGAACACAGCAGUGGAGUUGGCCACACGGGGCGUUAAGCACCUCAACUUCUAUGACGUGGUGCUGGACUUCAUCCUGAUGGACUCCUUCGAGGACCUGGAGAACCCGCCUGCCUCCAUCCAGAACGUCGUCAACAACCGCUGGCUCAACAGCUCCUUCAAGGAGACGGCAGUGGCGUCAAGCUGCUGGUCGGUACUGAAGCAGAAGAGGCAGCACAUGAAGGUUGCAGAUGGCUUCAUUGCUCGCUUCUACACACUGUGUGAGCAGAUCAGUCCCGUGUUGGCGUGGGGCUUCUUGGGCCCUAAAAGCCCCCUGCACGACUUUUGCUGCUUCUUCAAGGAUCAGGUGGUGCACUUCCUCAAGGACGUAUUUGACCUGGAUACGGUUCGCUACUCGAGCGCAGACAGCCUGGCCGAGGACAUCUUGCACCUACUGCACCGUCGCUCCCAACUGCUGCUGGCUUACCUGGGCGCAGAUUGACUCCCUGCGGCCCGACGGCUGCCAUGCUGGCCGGCCUCCCUCCCUCCCUUCACUUCACGGAGGCUCGCAUGCUGUGAGCGGUUGCUGUAUUUUGCCCAUCAUGCUAUCUGUACUGGAGAAGGCUUUACAAGAAGUCAAAUAGAGUAGAAACAAGUCUUUUAUGAAAUGCAUGUUGAGUGAAAUUUAUUUUAGCACACACACACACACACACACACAUACUUUUUGUCUAUUUUCAAAGGCUGGAAUUCAACUUGCGAUAUUGGUCGUACUGACUAAAAGGCAUUCUGAUCUGUGGUAGUCAUCAAAUAUCCACCAGCUGCCCUUUUGGGCAAAAAUGUGUUACUUAUGCUCUGGAGAUUCAAAUCAAAAUAAAAGGUCCUGAUUAACAUCGA